CAUUCAUCGAUUCGUAGUGGUACCGCUCGGUCCAGUAAAAGGUGGUCGGUUGUAGCCUGGCAGGCCCCCUUUUUUGCCAACAUUUUCACGCUCGGUGUGCAUUUGUUUAGGCCCUGCGUUCUACACGGUGUUUCGUCGUUUCGUGCAUGUUUUCCGCGCUGCAAUUAAUCGGUCAAUGUUUUUCGCGAAAGCAACACUCGUUGUAGCUAGCUAGGAAGUGUGUGCAUCCUCGGUCGUCGUGAGCUCUCAUCCGAGAAGGCUUAGCCACCCAGCCAAGUUCCGUGUGUUGUGAAUUUCACUCACCCUGUCGCCGUAAUCAGUCUUGAUUAUUGAUCGGUAACUAUAGCUUAUUAGAGUCGAAAAGUGCCGUGCCUCCUUGGAUGUUUUAAUCGCAGCUGCAGUGCACAUAAGCUCUGGAUGGAUUUUGAUAUCGAUAAUCAACCAGCCGUAUUACCAUUUGUGUUUGAUCGCCUUUCUGGCCAUUCGGUGAGGUUUAGCGAUUAACGCCGUGGCCCAUAAGAGAGAUAUUUCCUAUCGUGGACGAGAGUUCGUGUGUGUAUCGAAAUUGUGACCUGUUCCGGUUUUUUUGACUGGCUUUAUUCAUUCGAUUCCAAAGCCAGUUUGUCGCCAGACAACAUCCAAGUGAAAGUAUGAAUCUGUGAACUCUUCUAGUUUCAACUGGCAAAAGUUAUUAGUUUUUGGAAUUCGUUUAGUUUUUUUGUGUUCAUCGAAAUUUCUGUUCGACUCGUGUUAGCACUCAGCAACUAGAAUCUGGAACAUUCUUUCUUUUGAUACCCAAACACGCUAAAUUGUUUUAAUGAUUCAACCAACUUCCUUCGUUUCCACCAAAAUCCAUCCCAUCCGAAAGAUGCGUCCCCGUAUUGAGAGCUCCAUGUGCGAUGACGCCAUGGAGGCGCUCGGUUUUCUGCGGUUCACCGACGAAAACAUGAAGUCCAACUUCCUGCAAAGCCUCAGCGCAAUGCGUCGCAAUCGGCUGUUCUGUGACGUGAUGUUGUUGGUUGGCAACACUGAAAUUCAUGCCCAUCGGAACGUCCUGGCCAGUGUCUCACCGUAUCUUAUGGAGCUGUUCAGUUCGGAAACGGAAAACAUUAACGGGACCCCGAAUGAAGGUACCGAUAAGGUGGCCUGUUACCGACUGAACGGCCAUAUCACUGCAUCGGGGCUUCAGUUUCUGGUCGAGUACGCUUACACCGGCUCGCUAGAGGUGCCCUAUGACUUGAUACGCGAUGUGUAUCUGGUUGCCUGGCAGCUGAAGAUCGACAACGUGAUCACGGAAUGCGCCCGGCACAUGGUGGACCAGCUGGAACCAGAGUGCUGCAUCGAGAUUCGCUCGCUGCCGGGUAUCAAUCGGAACAAAAAGUUUGUGCAGGAGGUCGACGGCUACAUUACCAAGAACUUUGCCGAGGUGACCCAGGAGCAGGCGUUCCUGCAGUUGCCGUGCAUUCUGAUAGAAAUUUUGCACCAGACCAAGCAGGAAAUGUCACUGGUAACCGAUACCUCGCUGUAUCGGCUGGUGCUGAACUGGACCCGCAGACAGAUCACCGAGGAUGGAGUAUCGAUGUCCAGUUUGAUGGAGCGAUCUCACAUGUUGUACCUUGCGUUGGAUAACUCCCUGCAAGACUGCGUUGAUCUCCCGGGUCUAGAGUCGGAAAGCGAUCUGGUUCAGGACUACAAACGCUUGGUGCUCAAGUGUCCAGGCAACAAGAACAAACAGCGCAAAGGGCUGAAAACCCCGGGACGACCUCGGAUGAUCGUGUACAACCAGGACCUUAGCGAGGAUCACCCUCAGGACAAUUGCGAUUGGAACCUGAUCGGUAGCUCUAAGGUUGGUGAUCACACAUUCAUCGGUCUGGUCACCCUGGACGGUAACCUGUCGCGUAUAUCCAUCCAAUUGCGGUUGAACGCCCCGACAACUCCGUCUCCAAUUAACACACCGGACACUAUCAGUUCCAGCGUGAGUCGCGAGGAAGAACUGGACGAGAUACAGAAACCGGAACUGUUCUGCGAGGUUGCAACCAUGUCCGGGCCCAAGUGUGGUUUAGGUGUGGCCGAAUUAGAGGGCAAGCUUCUGGUUUGCGGUGGCUACGAUCGUACCGAGUGUUUAAAAUCGGUUGAAUCGUACUGUCCGGACACGAACAGCUGGACUCAGAUUUGUAACAUGGGUGAAGCACGUGGUCGAGUCAAUAUUGCAGUAAUCAAUGGAACAGUUUAUGCCGUCGGUGGCUGUAACGGUACUACUGAGCUGGAUUCAGUGGAGUAUUUAUCUCAAAAGGAGACAAAAUGGAAGAAGAUGUGUAAGCUACCGUUGGCCAGGAGUAACGCAGGUGUUUGCGCUCUGGACGAUAAGAUCUAUUGUGUCGGCGGAUGGAAUGGUCAGACCGGUAUCAAGCAGUGUGAUGUACUCAUUCCGGAUGAAAACAAAUGGUCUUCGAUAGCACACCUGAAUACGGGUCGGUAUCAGGCCGGGGUAGCCCCGUUCAAAGGCAAAUUAUGGGUCGCCGGUGGAAGCGAUGCCUGGAACUGUCUAAGCUCUGUUGAAAACUAUGACCCCGAGGUUGGACAGUGGAAUUUGGCUCCCUCGCUGCUGACGCCACGUCGUGGCUGCGGGCUGGCCGAAUUCAACGGCAAACUGUACGCCGUCGGUGGCAGCGAUGGAACUCACUCGCUAACAUCUACGGAAUACUUUGACGAAACCAACAAAUGCUGGAUCUCCGGGCCCAACUUGACGUCGGCUCGUGCUAACGUUUCGGUUGCCGUGGUGCAGAAUCGUCUGUACGCCAUUGGAGGUUUCUCUGGCAAAACAUUCCUCAAUACCAUUGAAUAUCUGGAUGCUCAGUCGAACGAGUGGACCACCUUUGUGCCACAAACGAACUCGAACAUCGACAGUCUGUUGCAGUCUUCCCUGCGCAAUGGCAGUCUCAGCGAUAGUAGGGCUGGAUCAUCGUCCACUUCCUCGUCCCCGGAUAAUCUUAGCGGACAGCAAAAUGGUGGCGGUGGUUGUAGUGAGCACACCUUCAAACCAAUCCGGACGGCCGAAGUGAAUGCUUAUAAUUUGGGAAAAUCCCACCAGGAGAAGGAAUCAUCUACCGAUAAGGAGGUCAAAGACAUUCUGGCAACCGGAACCAAAAAACUGUCGAUCGACGAAGAGGAGCUGAACAAAACCAAUGGUACAAUUAAUUCGAACGAUAACAGUAUUAAGCUGCAGAAAAUCGUGGCCAACAAUUGCGCGGAAAUUGCCAGCGAGAAUGGAAACUGCAGCUAACUAAGCGUGCCGGAUCAGGAGCUUCUCCAAGGAGAUCCUGCAACCGAGUCGGAACAAAAUUAGGCUACAAGUCUCUGUAAGAAUUAAGCAAACUAUGCCGUGAAACAACAUGUGUCUAGUAGUAUGAUUGUAUAAGUUUAUUGCGAGGAGAGUUUUUCCCUGAAUGCGCAUACCUUUUCUUAUUAUAUAGCGAUAAAUCCAGUAUAUUUGAUAAGCGAUAUUUUAAUACAUCACUCUAAAAUGCAGCGGAAAGUAAAUUUUCUAUACAUUUCUGAAAGAAAACUUUUUCGAAUGACACCCAUAAGCAGCUUUCGAUUUCCAACAAAACGGAGAGAAAAAGCUUCCAGUUGUGAGAUUGGGGCGUGUAUGUUCACUAAAAAACAAUAAGCUAGACGAAUUGGAGAAAAUACUCACCUAUUAGAGAAUCUUGGUGUUUCCUGCAUUCACCAUCUGGAACUUUAGGUUGAAUCACUUUAAUAAAUUUGUUUUUUUUUUUUUUGACACGAUCAGUUCUACAAUUUUAGCUCAACCUUUAGAAAUGCAUUUUAGUCGUCAAACUUAGGAAGUUUAGAUUGAUUACAUAUUGUAACAAAACUCUUAAAUGUAAUUUUCUUUAAAAAGCAGUGAAAUUAAAAUUUCAGGAACCUUGUGCAAGGGUGAUUCAAGGAUCGAAAAUUGAGAAGCUUAGAACUUCUAGACCUAACUAAUAUCUACAAAAUCAAUCUCGAAUACGGAUUGCGCAGGAAAAAAAUCAUUUCAUUUAAAUGAAAAUCCGAUAGAUCUAGCUUGACUACAAUUAACAUUCAACGUUAUAUCCAGAUCAGUACAACAAAUGAACAUUUGAAGACCCCCACACAACUCACUCUGGGAACCACCACCCGAAACAACACCGAAAAAGAUGAAGAAGCAUAGAUUUCAGUAACAGUUCUUUUCUCAGGAUUGAACUUUACAGCAACAUACCCCAGGUUUGGGGCCAGAUGAUCAAAAUAUGCAAACUUGAAGUAUAAAAAAUAUACCAUUUAAAAUAUGAUCAGUAGGUGCAGAGCAGCCAUUAACUGUAAUAGAAUAAGCAGUAGUAAUGACAUAAAGACAAACGCAGGAUGAGCUCAGCUUAACAUUGGGCUGACACUUGCCUGGAUGAUUUUAGGGAAUAAACUAGUGAUAAGUCUGAACAACUAGCUCGUAAGUCUGCAAAGAACACUCUAUCUAUACCUUUUAAGAAGGACUCUAUUUCAGAUGCACCUUUUCAGGUACCGAACAAUUUGUGUUGGAUUUUGUUCUGCUUGAACACUUUUACACUUUAUCUCUUAUACGCAACAGCUAAUGAAGGCUCACUCACUGUUUCUACAAAUUAAAAACUCCAACCACCGCUCCCCUUUUUCCACGGUUUAUCAUUAGAUUUUUAACAAUACACCUCCCGCAUCAAUAGUUGUAAUUUAUACUAUGUCGAUCACCAGCCAGAAAAAAACCGGUCCACUCCAUUUGUCGAAGACGAUUUGUUUCCUUUUAAAUUGAAUCAAAACUUUGAACUAAACUGUGCUCUUAUUGAAAGCAAAAAAACAUGCAAAAAGCAAGAAUCAUAUCCUUUUUAUUCCCUUUUCGGUAGACACUGCUUACAAAAAAAUGAAACAUUUUUACUACACCUUUAAGAGACUUUAAGACUAUACACAGUAGGUUAUACUUUUAUCAAGUGAUGAUUCUAAAAACGAAACCCAUUUUGAUAAAUCAACGCCAUAUUAUAAUUUACGACGAGUGAUAGCGAUUUGUGAUUUCACACAACACCAUCCUGGGUUUUCAAAACUGUGCUGCAGCAGCGUUGCGUUGUUUUGGAUUCUUCUCGUUUCCACUCACUCGGAUCACAUCCAUUAAAACAAAACAAAAAAAAACGGUACUAUAAGCCAAUAGUAAAAUGUUUAUCGAAUAAGACUAUUUGAGCAAUGAGUAGUUGAGUUGAGGGCAAUCGAGGCUGCCAUUCGGUAGCGGACGAUGAGGGAUUGGAGUUUAAAACAAACAUGUUGUUGAAUGAAAAUUAAAAUUUAAGAAAAAAUAUACAAAAAAAUAAGAAACCUUA